AUGAAGAAAGACAACCAGUCCUGUUUGACCGAGUUCAUCCUUUUGGGCUUCUCAGAUUUCCAAACAGUACAAGAACUUUUCUUUUGCCUGGUUCUAAUAUUCUACUUCAUAGCCCUGAUAGGCAACAGCCUGGUUUUGAUCCUCACUCUUACCAGUCCUAGUCUUCACACCCCAAUGUACUUCUUUCUCUGGAACUUGUCCUUUGUGGAAAUUGGCUACACCUCCUCCAUCAGCCCAAAGAUGUUGGUGAAUGCAUUAUCAGACAACCAGAACAUAUCAUUUUGGGGCUGUGGAAUUCAACUGUGUUUCUACCUUCUCUUUGGUACCACUGAGUGUUGUCUCCUUUGUGUCAUGGCAUAUGACCGCUACGUUGCCAUUUGCCAACCCUUGCAAUACCCAUCUAUCAUGAACCUCAGGGAAUGUGCUAAGCUUGCUGCUGCCUCAUGGACCAUUGGGAUAUCGGUGGGUCUGGGGCAAUCUAUUUCAAUCUUCACCCUUCCCUUCCGUGGGUCAAACAGAAUCAGCCAUUUCUUCUGUGACCUUAUGCCUGUUCUGAGACUGGCUUCCACCAAUAUUUACAAAAAUGAAGUGGCCGUUGCCACAGUAACAGUUCUAGUUAUUCUUGUACCCCUUUUGCUCAUCCUUUUUUCCUACAUCCUCAUCAUUUCCACUAUUUUCACAAUGCCACUGGCCAAGAACAGGCGCAAAGCAUUUUCCACUUGUUCCUCACAUCUCACCGUAGUCUGCAUUUUCUUUGGGACUGGCAUUUUUACCUACAUUCAUCCCAGCUCAGAAUAUUCUAUGGAUAGUAAUAGAUUUCUUGCCCUGCUCUACACAGUAGUGACCCCGAGUUUGAACCCCAUCAUUUACAGCUUGAGGAAUAAAGAGAUAAAGGCUGCUUUCAUGAAAUCUGUAACAAGGAAGCAGAUCUUAUUUACUGAAUAA